UAGUAUGACACUUCUCCUUUUGCUACUCGUUGAAGAUAUCUUCGCGCUUAUAGAGAGUGCCCAGGGACAAUCCUUCCUUGAAGAUCUGGGGCUCGUGCGCUCAUCUUCCAAGUGAUUCAAGCUGUGAUCAUGAAUCUCACCCACACCAUGUUUCUUUCAAAGGAUGUUUCGUGAGUGUGCUAUAUGUCAACGGAAGAAAGGCUGAAGAUAAUGUUCAGUUCAUCGUAUCAUCCUCUUCCCGUAUACCAAACCCCUUCUACAAUGGCUCAGUAAUUUGUGAUGUUUUUCCUUUUCACACUUGAGCUGACAUCAUCGUUCAGGUUGAACGAUAUUCCAGAACCCGAUAUGGUAGUCCGUCGAACCCGCAAAGAAUUAUUUGUCGACAACAAUGCAGCCAUUUGUUCUGAACCCCCACUUGAUAACGCACAGUAUAUCGAUUCUAAUCCUAACCCCGUUUUUGACCCACAUGCAUCUCUUGGUGUUGGUACCGUUGCCAACAUCUUCGAAGCACCGGGCCAAAUUGACCAAAUGGAUGUCUGGAGGACUUACACAAAACGGUCUGCAGACGAUAAGAACGGUCGAGCACCAUUGACUUGCCUCUGGCCUAUCGGACACAACGAGGAAGAAAUCAUUGAAUGCGGUUAUGGAGCGACUCCGAAAUUGAUGAGGCGACACGUUCAAACAACACACAUGCAUAUCAAACGCUAUCGUUGUGAUAUCUGUGAUCAAGCCUUCUCCCAGGGUGCCCUACUUCACUCUCACAAAGCUUCGAAACAUGCUCAGAUCAGACCGUAUAAAUGCCCCUUCGAAGGAUGCCAUAAAUCAUACGUUGACUGUCCGACUCUGCUCCGACACAAGAAGAUCAAUCAUAAUUAUAUCCCAAAGCCUAUAACGCGGUACAGAUAGGCCACGUAGCAUACUACCAUGGUCACCGCGAUGUCCGAACAUAGGCAAACCAAUACACGCAGUACUCGUUAACACGUACUAGGAAGCUUGAGACCACGUAGCAUACUACCAUGGUCACCGUGAAGUAUAUAACAUUGGAAUAGGACCUGGCUAUGAGAGGGGGGAGCAUGUAUCAUGGGUAUUCUCCACGCGUCUCACUGGCACCAGCCAAUAUACACGCGCU